GGCAGCGAAGAGGCGGGAGCGCGCGGUCAACAGAGGUCCAGAGCAAAAACGCGGGCGGGGGGCUGGAGAGACAGGUUUAUGCACUGCGUGCAUUCAGCAGGCGGAGCCUCGAGCGCCGAGACCCGGCUUGAACUUGUUGAGUCAGUUUUUAGUGAAAAAGCAUUGACCUAGGAGCCAAGACCCACCUCGUCACUAAUUUGAUAUUGUGCAAGUCAUCUUACCUCUCUGGAUCUCAGUUGCCUGAUCUGUAAAAAGGAGAUAAAAAUUCUUUACCUAUCUGAAGAUGAGGUGGAGGACCAUCUUACUACAAUGUUGUUUUCUCUUGAUUUCCUGCCUACUUACUGCUCUUAAAGCUGUGCCUAUAGACAUAGACAAGACAAAAGUAAAAAAUACUCAACCUGUGGACAGCGCAAAGAUAGAACCACCAGAUACUGGACUUUAUUAUGACGAAUAUCUUAAGCAAGUGAUUGAUGUGCUGGAAACAGAUAAUCAUUUCAGAGAAAAGCUCCAGAAAGCAGACAUAGAGGAAAUAAAGAGUGGGAGGCUAAGCAAAGAACUGGAUUUAGUAAGUCACCACGUGAGGACAAAACUUGAUGAACUGAAAAGGCAAGAAGUGGCAAGGUUAAGAAUGCUAAUUAAAGCUAAGUUGGAUUCCCUUCAAGAUACAGGCAUAGACCACCAUGCUCUUCUAAAACAAUUUGAUCACCUAAACCACCUGAAUCCUGACAAGUUUGAAUCUACAGAUUUAGAUAUGCUCAUCAAAGCGGCCACAAGUGAUCUGGAACACUAUGAUAAGACUCGACAUGAAGAAUUUAAAAAAUAUGAAAUGAUGAAGGAACAUGAAAGAAGAGAAUAUUUAAAAACACUGAAUGAAGAAAAGAGAAAAGAAGAAGAAUCUAAAUUUGAAGAAAUGAGGAAAAAGCAUGAAAAUCAUCCCAAAGUUAAUCAUCCAGGAAGCAAAGAUCAACUAAAAGAGGUAUGGGAAGAGACUGAUGGAUUGGAUCCUAAUGACUUUGACCCCAAGACAUUUUUCAAAUUACAUGAUGUCAAUAAUGAUGGCUUUCUGGAUGAACAAGAAUUAGAAGCCCUAUUUACUAAAGAGUUGGAGAAAGUAUAUGACCCCAAAAAUGAGGAGGAUGAUAUGGUAGAAAUGGAGGAAGAACGGCUUAGAAUGAGGGAACAUGUGAUGAAUGAGGUUGAUGCUAACAAAGACCGAUUAGUGACUCUAGACGAGUUUUUGAAAGCUACAGAAAAAAAGGAAUUCUUGGAGCCAGAUAGCUGGGAGACACUGGAUCAGCAACAGCUCUUCACAGAGGAAGAACUGAAAGAAUAUGAAAAUCUUAUCUCUUUACAAGAAAGUGAACUUAAGAAAAAGGCAGAUGAACUUCAGAAACAAAAGGAAGAGCUACAGCGUCAGCAUGAUCAACUUGAGGCUCAGAAGCUGGAAUAUCAUCAGGUUGUACAGCAGAUGGAACAAAAAAAAUUACAACAAGAAUUUCCUCCAUCAGGGCCUGGUGGAGAAUUGAAGUUCCAGCCACACAUUUAAAGUCCGAAAUCCACCAGAACUUGGAAGAAAAUUGUUAAAUCAACAUCUGUGUCAUCUUUUUACCACCCUUCCUUUUUUUCUGCUCAAUAAAUAUUUUAAAGCAUA